AGUUUUGCGGACACGUUCAUCAUCAUUGUUGAAGAUGCAAGCACGUCAGAACGCUGAGCGCUAUAAUAUCAAGCAGGGGACGUCGCUCGCUCGCGAAUAUCUUUUGCAAAACGACUAGCUAGUAUGGGAUUGUUAGCAAGAGCGUAGCAUCAAAUACGGACGAAAAUGAUAACGAUUUUACUGCUUAUAUGACAGUUAUGAAGACCGUAUAAUUAUAGAUGCGGUUAUCAUUUAUUGUAAGGUCACUGCUGAACACCGAACACGGCGCUGCUUUGCCCAGCAAGUGCUCCUAGUAAGGCAGGGGAUUGGAGACCUCAUCAUUUCCGAGUUUUCGCAGCGGCACAGUGUGUUGGUGUGUUGGGUGGGACCCUGAGCUGUAAGCUCAUCAGAUUGUGGCCUGCAGACGACCAGGGGGUUGUGGGAGAAGACAGGAGAGAAUCGUCCGUCACUACACCAGUCUCACUGGACUGGAGGGAAUGCCUGAGAGAUGUGAAUCUAUGAGUUACUGCAGCGCUACUGCCGCCUCUCACAGGGAACCUAGGAAACCACCACCACCCAACCUGCUGCAGUCAGCCUGGAGGGUUGCAGCCAUGCAUCUCAAGCAACAUCCCAAACUGCAGAAGAAAGAGCUCCACCUGGAGUCCAAUCAAGACAGCCAGAGAGGCCUUCAUGUGAUCCAGCAGGGGGUCCUGUCACAGAGGACAGUGUGGGGGGUCCGCCCGGAAGUGGCCCUGGUUGGUCCGAUAAGCAACGGGCUAGGCCAGGGUACGGCCUGCUACCCCCUCAGUGUCAUAUCCACCAACACCCUGCAGUGCUGCAGUAAUGACAACAGUGGCUCCAACCAGCUCAACAACAGUAAUAAUAACCACGGCAACAGUGGCAGUGGGCUGCAGACCUCGAGGCUGAGUGAGUCUGAGGGAGAUGUAUUCCACAGUAGUGCCACCUGGGCCCAGAGUAAAACCUCCAAGACCACCUCCUGCAACACCCCCUCCUCCCUGCUACUCUCCACCUCCUCCUGCACCACCUCUUCUACAGGCUCAGUGGGCUCUGAGAACCAGGAGGCCUCCUUCAGUAUCUCUUAUGAAGGGGAGGACAGAGAGGGACCGCUGGAAAUCUGGGCUGUCAUCAAGCCCGGCAACACCAAGGAGAAGAUCGCCAUCUUUGCCUCGCCCCAGUGCCGUGGCAGCCUGGUGAAUGGUGGUGAUGGAGAGCCUGUCAGAGAGGCCGGUGAGGACUUGGUGAGCAGCAGCCCGGUGAGGACCGUGUCUGUGAAGAUGAAGAGCUGCUGGGAGGACGAGGGUGGCUCUGUGGCCAAGCGCAGGAGGAGGUCAGGGUCUCAGGGGCACCACCAGGACCGAGACGGACAGUCAUCCAGAGAUCUGGAGACACUGAGCCCCACUGAGAACAGCCCUGUAGAGGUGACCCUCUGCCUCAGAGAGAGCCCCAGAGUGCCUGAGUGUGGGGAGGUGGUUGUACGGGUGGGUGGGGAGCAGGUGUGUAGGGUAGAGGGUGAGGAGGUGAGUGAGACUGGGACUGACAAGGCUCUCUCUGUGGUGGAGUUGGUGGCCUUCUUGGAGCAGAGAGCCAGCGACAAGCAGGUGGACUCUAAGCCUGUGUCUCUGCGGAGCUCCACAAGCAUUACCUUAUCCAGGGGGCUGUCCCUGGAGCCUCAGCAGCCCAGAGCCCCAGACCCGAACCCCCAGGGGACAGAUGAGGAGGCAGAGUUUGUAAAGGUGUCAGACAUGGUGGCCAAGCUGGAGUCAGAGUGCCUGAAGCACCAGAGUGUUAGAAGGGAAGGGUCCAGAUCUGGGGGAGAGCUCUCACGCAACAGCCUCACGCGCAACAACAGCCUCUCGCGCAACAACAGCCUCUCGCGCAACAACAGCCUCUCGCGCAACAACAGCCUCUCGCGCAACAACAGCCUCUCGCGCAACAAUAGCCUCUCGCGCAACAACAGCCUGCGGAGGAGGGUGGGCCGGGUACUACUGGCAGGAGCAGAUGCCUUCUCCAUCUCAGCCCAGCCACCUCCACCUCAGUCUCCCACCGGGCCCCACCAUGGACUAGAGACGACGACCAGGGUGCCGCACCGCCACGCUAGUCCCUCUACUGGCUAUCCCUCUGCUAGCACCAGCCACACGGAGAAACUAGCUCCCAGCAGCUGCUGUGAAGCUGCCCAGUUGGCUUCCAGCACCUCUGAUUCAGCCUCUCCGUCUCGCAGCGUGGACUCUGGGUGUGGUGCCUCUGUCGUCAGAGAGCCAGAGGAGAGCUGUGAGGCCCAGGACCUGGGGCAGCAGAAGAACAGGGCUGUGGAGUCUGGGCAGAACCUGCACUUCCAGCUCCUGUCAGAGCAGGCCAGGGCCAGCAGUACAGAGAGCAGUAGUAAACUACAGUAUGAGGAGCCCCUCCCAGGCAUGCUGUUCUUCUCACACCCUCUGCCCUCACAGGUGGUGCUUGAACACACACUCCCACACACAGACAAUACUCCCAGCCACACCCCCCAGGACAUGGAAUCCAGCCCUAAACCCACCAGAGACUCAGCAGAACCCUCCAAGAUUCAGCCCCGUGACCCUUCUAUCACUUCUCUCCUCCCUGAACCCAUAUCACACAGUGAGAACUGGGCCAAAGAGGAGGAAGAGGCAGUGAGUGAGGGAGAGGGGAGUGAUGUUAGUCGGUGUGAGACCGUGCCUUUCCCCCUGCGCCGCCUGGUGUCUCACGAGUUCCUGGAGAUGCGCUUUAAGAUCCAGCUGCUCCUGGAACCCCAGCAGUACAUGUCCUUCCUGCCUCACCACAUCAUCAUCAAGAUCUUCUGCCUGCUGCCCACAGACAGCCUGGCCGCACUCAAGUGCACCUGCCACUAUUUCAAGUUCAUCAUCGAGAGCUACGGCGUGCGCCCCGCGGACUCCCGCUGGGUGUGCGACCCCCGCUACAAAGACGAUCCCUGCAAGCAGUGUAAAAAGCGGUACGGGCGCGGAGACGUGUCCCUCUGCCGCUGGCACCACAAGCCCUACUGCCAGGCGCUGCCCUACGGCCCCGGGUACUGGAUGUGUUGCCACGGCUCCCACAAAGACACGCCCGGCUGCAAUGUCGGUCUCCAUGACAACCGCUGGGUGCCCGCCUUCCAUAGUAUAAACAUGCCAAUCUAUAAGAAACCCCGGGAGGUCUCUGAGGAGAACUGACUUGACUUCUGUGUGCUUUAUUUUGUCUGAGGGCUGAUGUCUGUCUGUCGCCAUAUGUGCAUGUGCAUUUAUUUGUGGGGAGUCUGAGGGAAACCCAUGUUGCUGAUACUGAUGAGGAAUCGCUGGAUCUCUUCCUUUUCCCCUGACCUCUGACCCCUGAUCUCUAACCCCUCAGGUCCUCUGAGAUUGUGAGCACUUUAACCGUGGUCAGAAUUCUCAACCCUCAAACGAUUCUGUCAGGGUAUUCUAUUUACUUGCUUCAAUGUUUUGGGUUGAAGCAUAAACUCUGGUUCUGAUAAGUGUGUUGAAGAGAAGAGCUUUAAUUAAUCUUGAUGCUUAAUGUGUCCUUCCUUACCGUAACUUGUUCCUUAUGCAUCACCGACCGUUACAUUGGAAUAGAUACUUUAGUCAAGGUAAAGCCUAUCAACGUUAUGCAGUGUAUCCAACCCACAAGUGAUUUACUCAGUGUGUGUAUUAUGUUGUCUAAGUGAAUACAUACAUGGCUGCAGGUCCUCGGUUUAUGCUAAAUGUGAAUCAACCCUAUUCCAUAUCCCGGUUGCUUCCCAAAUGGCACUCUAUUCCCUAUAUAAGGCACCCACAGGGCUCUGGUCAAAGGUAGUGCACUAUAUAGGGAAUAGGGCGCCAUUUGAGUAACGGAAUCUAUAUCCCCACUCCACUGUAUCAGGCUCCGGGUCAGAGAGGCUUUGUUGUCGGUUUUGGAUCUGAUUGAAACUAGUUUGUUCUGUGCCCGGUUGUGUUUACAUUGUACAUAGUCCUACAGAGUCCUAUAUCAAAAACAGGGAGAAUGAGUGACAAGCAGCACGAGUAUCUAUGACUUGACUUGAAUGCAUUUAUUAGCUUCAGUUUGGUAAAAAGAAAAAGGCUAUUUACCCUGUCAUGUGUAUAUUGCUGAAUUUAUUAUUGGCUGUUUUGUUUUUUUGCAGCGGGUCCCAGAUGUAUAACCCAGUCUGUAACCCAUAUGCUUAUUAGCCGCUCAGUUUUUUUCUCUACCAUUUAUUUUUAUGUUUAUGUGUGUUGGAAAUAGCACACUAUUCCCUAUAUAAUGCACUACUUUUGACUAGGGCCCAUAAGGCUCUGGUCAAAAGUUGUGCGUUAUUAUAUAGGGAAAAGAGUGCCAUUUGGGACGAGUUUGUUAUUAAUAUCCCUCUUUUUAUAUUGCUAUAACUUCUUGAAGGGAAACAUGGGAAAUGUCACCUCAGUGUCUCUGUUCUUUACAAUGACUUUAACUGGACAUGAUCUAAAAGAAAAAGAUUCAGGCUUGAUGACAAAUGGGAAAAAUAAUGGUCUCUCAAAGUAGUUUGCUCCCAGAUUUUAUUUUUUUUACUUUGUUGUAUAUUCCUGCUGUAUUCUCUGUAAAUGCAUUUUACUUCCAAUAAAGCGCAUUCAUUCGGAGGUUUUAACUGUCA